AUGGUAAUGAUUGAUACAGUCCACUCUCCGUGGGCCGGUCCAAUCAGAGCCAUGGCCAUUACCGUCCCUCUGGUCAUCCUCUCCGCCUUUGCCACCCUCUUCACUGUCAUGUGCCGCAAGAAACAACAAGAAAACAUCUACAGUCACCUGGAUGAGGAGAGCAGUGAAUCCUCCAAUCAGAGCGCAGCAUUGAUCUCAGAGCGUCCUUGGCCCCGCCCCAAGGUGUUCCUGUGUUACUCAAACAGGGACUGUCCUAAACACAACAGUGUGGUGCAGGCCUUCGCUUACUUCCUGCAAGACUUCUGUGGAUGUGAGGUUGUGUUGGACCUGUGGGAGCAUUUGGAUAUGUGCAGAGAGGGACAGAUGUCGUGGUUGAGUCGACAGUUGGAUGAAGCAGAUUUCAUCAUGACAAUCUGCUCCAAAGGACUUCGUUAUUUUGUUGAGAGGAAGAGUCGCCGUGGAAAAACUCCAAUUGGACGCCGUGGCAACAGCAGCUCCUCCCCCAAAGACAGUGGGCCACUCAGCAGCAGUGAACGUGGCACCUCCAAGGACAGCGGACCAAUCGGCAGCAGCAGUGGGGGUGACUUGUUCCUGGUUACUGUAGCGAUGAUCUCAGAGCAGCUGCGAUUGGCCAAACAGAGUGAGAAAGAGCUGAGCCGCUUCAUGGCUGUUUAUUUUGAUUACUCCACAGAGAAUGACAUCCCUACAGCGCUCACCCUGGCCCCAAGGCUGAAGUUGAUGGACCAGUUGCCACAGCUCUUUUCUCGUCUGCACUCGUCGCACUCCUCCCUGUGGGAUGGAGCACCCCCUAACAUCUCACGGAGGAACUACUUCAGGAGCAAAUCUGGUCGCUCUCUGUAUGUCUCCAUCUGUAACAUGCACCAGUUCAUCUCGCAGAACCCCGACUGGUUCGACCAACAACUGCAUUCGCAAACAGGAAGUUCCGCCCCCAGCUCACUUCCUGUAUCCUGCGAGGCCACACCCACAUCAGCCCCACAGUCCAGUUUAGUCCUGAAUGAAGUUGCAGUGAAAACUCUAGACUCAGCACCAAAGAGGAACCUGGUCUUGUUGGCGCCAGGAUCCGGCCCGGGCUCAGUGACAAGUCUAAGUCCGAGUUAUAGUCCUGGUUAUGAUCCGGGUCCACGUUGCUCUCAGUCCUUGCCUAGAGCCUCCUCCAGGUGCAGCUCCAGUGUACCUGCCACCUCCUCCUCUGCUGUGUCCUCUGUAAUUGUCCCAUAUGUGAAGACUCCACCAGCUGUGGACCAGCUGAGACCGGUUCAGGACCAAGACUCGGGCCCUGUCCAGGGUCUAGACCAGGGACCAGACCCUUCCCCCCCUGAACCUCCCCCACGGGAUUCUGGAAUAUAUGACUCCUCUAUGCCAUCAUCUGAGCUUUCCAUACCACUCAUGGAUGGGCUGUCACAUGACCAUGUAGACUCCUCCUCAUUGGCUGACAGCGAGUCAUCUUCCUCUGGACUUGGGGAUGAGGAGCCGCCCACUGUUUCCUCUCUCCACUGCAGUGCCACCACUGUUUGUAAGGCAGAACUGCACCGACAGGACACCCCAGUGAUGUCACUGUGAACAACCAAUGAGAGCAAAGGACUCUAGUAACGUCAUCAGACAGACUUUUUAUGAAUGGAAAAAAGGGAGUUACGGAACAUUUGUAACCACUUAUUUGAAGGACUCAAUUGGACCAUUUUG